AUGGGUUUUGGCACGCGGGGCUCGGAGAAUGCUGCAACGUUGGUCGACUUUCACGAACUUAAUCGGGUGCGAGCAAAACUGAAAGAAGGAGAGAGCGUGCCCGGGGUUCAUGACGAUUGUGACGAAGAUGUCUUUGAGGAGCUUCACGAGGGAACCACACGGCUACAGUUGCGAGGAGUUGAAGAACCCGAGCAGCUCGGGAUACCCGCUGAACCGUGGAAUGUGUGGGACAAAGACGUUCCCGUUGCCAAAAUCGACACCAAUUUUGCGAACCGCGAGACCGUGGAGGAGACUGCUACGCCAACCCACAAGACGGCCGGCGAAGAUGAUCAUCAGAAUCUUCAUCCAGCCGAAUUUGCAGACUCUUUCACCCGCACACUACCCGCCCUGGGGCUGAUCUGGGACAUCACCUACACUACUGGCUCUUGGAAUGAACCUGGUUCGCCAGCACCCGUGCAGUCUUUGGAAAGCCUUUUCCCAGAGGGAACCCUUGAUCUAUUUGGCGAAGACGGGACGGGUUUCCUAUCGACUUCGUUGACUGUCGCAGACGGAUUCGGUGACGAAGCGCUGGCGACCUUCAUGCCUGAGGAAUCCACAUUUCCACCCUCGUUGCCAGCAAGUGGGCUAGAUUUUAUGACUGCAUCGCCAUACAUUGGGACUCUCCCUUUGAUCAACAGCGAUCCCGAGUUCCAUGAGUUCGACAAUGCCGGGAAUGCCUGUGACUUCUUUAACCAUGGUCUGAUGAUCCUCGACAGCGAUGGCGACUUCAGCAACUGCGAUCUUGGUCUCUUCGUCGACGUCGACAUGCAAGAAUGCCACGCCAUUUAA